AUGGCCAGCUGUGUGCAGAGCCGGCGUGAGACGACCCGCACUGGCUCAUUCCUGCAGGGUUGCCCACCUGCGCCCAUGCCCUGUGCUCGGGCGUGUGCCCCUGAGCCGCGGGACGCCAGUAUUUAUGAAGUAACCACUGGGUACAAGAUCCGAGCAGCAACUAAGGGGACCCCCACUUGCGGCACCCGCAGAAGAGAAGCCGCACAGCAGGCCAGAUGGCCACGCGAGAGCCCUGUGGAGAAAGACCAGGUGACCCGGUGGAAGCUGGCCGGGAGGCGGGCGGUCAUGGCUCUCUGGGUGACCGCUCGGCCAGGGCAGUUAGGAGGGUGCCUCAGCGAAGAGCUGCGGACGCCAGCCCGAAGCCCCGUCGGCUGCCACCGCAAGCACGAUCAGGGGAUCGGAGGCUGCUCAGAGCCAAGUCCGGCCGGCGCCCCCGCCAGUGGCCGGUGCUCCCGUAACCGUUACCGCUUCCCCAGCGCCUCCAGGCGAGGCGCCGGCGGCUGUCCCAGGCGGGCUCAGGCGGCCUGCUGGCAGGUUUGGGGAGCCAGCGGGGUGCCACGGACCUGGGAAGGCGGUGGGCGCCCCAGCACGGCCACAGGCUGCCCUUGUUCCGCCAGAGCCCACCGGAGGUUCUGUGAGCUGCUUCCGCAGGAGCGACGCGGUGUGGAGGAGUCGCUGCAGGCGCGAGUGCCCCUGGAGCAGGUCCUGGGCCUGCCCGAGCUCAAGGCCAACCCCUUCAAGGAGAGGAUCUGCAGGGUCUUCUCCACGGCCCCAGCCAGGGACAGCCUGAGCUUCGAGGACUUCCUGGACCUGCUCAGUGUGUUCAGCGACACGGCGACCCCAGACAUCAAGUCCCACUACGCCUUCCGCAUCUUCGACUUCGAUGACGACGGCACCUUGAACAGAGAGGACCUGAGCCAGCUGGUGAACUGCCUCACGGGCGAGGGCGAGGACACCCAGCUCAGCCCCCUCGAGAUGAAGCAGCUCGUGGACAACAUCCUGGAGGAGUCGGACAUUGACCGGGACGGGACCAUCAACCUCUCCGAGUUCCAGCACGUCAUCUCCAGGUCCCCAGACUUUGCCAGCUCCUUCAAGAUCGUCCUGUGACCAGGGCCGCAGCUCGUCCCAGCGCCCGUGAAGAGCCGUCCACUGCGGAGCUGUGGCCAGGGCUGAGCCUGUGCUGCCCGCCCAGCAGGCCCGCCGGAGCUGGCGCGCGCCCGGCCUGGGCAGGGGCCGCCACGCCGGGGCCUGCCUCUCCUCGCGUGGCCAUCGCUGUCUGCUGAUCGCAAUAAAGGGCUUGCACUCUG